AUGGAAGAACAAUUUCAUCUUCUGGAUCUACAAAUCGCGAAGUUUACGGAAUUUGGUGUAUGUAUGAUUCUUCCUGAAGCAGCAGAYUUGGACYAUCUACGCAAGAGUAGUGAACGGCUGGCUGAGCAGUGGCCCAUUCUGGGGGCGCGAAUCARCCUAGUGGAUUAUCAGCCUCGGUACCACGGCAAGAUCURCGUGAACUUUCAAUCGAAGACCUGUGCUUACUCGUUGGAUGAGUAUCUUCCCGGGUUGAACCAUGAUUCGUCCACCCUCGMCAGUCCAGUUGAUACCUUAUUUGACUUUCCGGUUUCCUGGAGAGACAUGAUAGCCCCUCCCGUUUUAUCGAUGUCAGCCAUCGCACUGCGCGAUGCAUGCCUGCUGAAGAUAUCCGUCCAGCAUGCCCUMUGUGAUGCAACUGGUACUUUCUAA